AUGACCCAUCUUCUUGACCUUCCCAAUGAGAUUCUGUGUGCGAUUGGAAGUCAGGUUCCAGCGAAGUCCCUCAAACAGCUGAGACUGUGCAAUACUCGACUCAAAGAGGCACUUACGCCGGUGCUGUUUGCUUCUGUGGUAUUGGGUAUCACCCCAGCUUCAACGCAUAUUUCUACGGCCUUCAAUCGCUAUGUUAAACACUUAUCCAUCGGGUCAUGGAGGGGCCAUACAAAGCCGGAUUUGACUGCCUUAAAUUAUCUUCAGAACGUUAGGUCGGUUCGAUGGCAACUAGCAGGAACCGAGUCAGAACAGUUGGUCACCAAGAUUUUCGAAUAUCUGUACAAUCUUCCCUAUCUUAGCGAGCUUCACUUCUCCAGUUAUCACUCCUCAUCAUUCCCAAUUCCUUUCGAUCACUACCCAAUACGCAAUCUCUCCGUACUUUCCGUUCAAGGUCCAUUCUGUGGGGAUUCCCAUAGCGUCACUCCUGCGCUUUUUCGUCUCAUAACGAAUAAUCCGUCCUUAACCAGCAUGUCUCUCGAUGUGGCGUGGUCUCCAAAUCCUUUACAUUCAAACCAUCUCUUCGAUAGCCUUCCACCAGAUUCCUUUUUGUGCCUUCGCCACUUGAGAUUACCUCGUUGGCACGUUAAUAUUUCCUCGGCUUGCAUCCGGAUGAUGCCUGCGCUUUCAUCUCUCGAUGUCACUCUCCUACCACCAACAGGCAUCAACAACAAUGUCCUCUGGGCACUGCUACAGGAGGAAGGGAUCCACCUCAAGGAUUUGGCUGUGACUGUGGUCAGCCAAGAGCUCCUUGACUAUCUGCAGUCGUAUUCCGGACUGGAGACUUUGGUGUUGAGUGAUGUUGAGAGCGAUCGUAACCUUCACACUUCGGACCAGUUCUACCAGAGAGUGCUACCAAAACACUCGCAGACACUGGUUUCCCUUAGUGUUGAUGCGCGGAACACGCAAGAGUGGUGUUUGACAAGGAAGAAUGCCGCGGCACUCCAGGAAUGCCAGGAACUGAAGAAUCUGAGCGUGUCAGUCAAAUCGAUGGUUGUUGAAACACUUUUAUCUUUUGCCCCUCGUUCUUUGCGCUCGCUCUCCCUGACAUGGAACGCUACCCUCGCGGACGGCUUCCGAACCUUCUUCGUGAAGAUGUACGAUUCCGAUCUAAUUGGCGAGCCAUACACGUCGAGUCAGACGCUGGUCGUAUACGCAGAUAUCGUAUACUUGCUCGGGAGGAUAGACAAGUCCGGCUUCGUCUUUCGUGGUUACAAGACGCAUCAUAGUGAAUUGAAUUGGACGGCUGCAAGUUGUCUACAUCGGGGCGUCUGA